AUGUCCCUCCAUGAGCACGCACUGUACCUCUUCCGCAGCGCCGUGGGCACUGUCCGGCCAGCUCCCAUGCUGAAGAGUGCUGUGAAGCUCCAGGGAGGCAGAUGCCCUCAGCUGCUGGUGAAGGGCCAGGCCUUUCCAGUGAAGAGGGACCUGUACCUGGUGGGUUUUGGCAAAGCUGUGCUGGGAAUGGCCGCGGCAGCAGAAGAGAUCCUGGGAGACCAUCUUGUUCGGGGAAUCAUCAAUGUGCCGCUAGGCAUCCAGGAGAGCCUGCAGCGAGUAGGAUUGCAGGAGAUGCUCCUGAAGCCACACAGCAAAAUCCAGGUCAUUGAAGGUGCCAAGAACAAUCUCCCAGACGCAGAGGCUCUGAAGGGAGCAGUUGCCAUCCAAGAGCUGGCUGAGGGCCUGACUGCAGAAGACCUGCUCCUUGUGCUCAUCUCAGGGGGUGGAUCGGCCCUCCUGCCUGCUCCCAUCCCUCCCAUCCUCCUCCAAGAGAAGGAGAAACUCACAAAGAUGCUGGCUUCCCGAGGAGCUGCCAUACAGGAACUGAAUGUUGUCCGGAAGACUCUGUCCUUGCUGAAGGGUGGAGGGCUGGCCCGGCUCGCAUACCCCGCACAGGUGGUGAGCCUCAUCCUUUCUGAUGUGAUUGGUGACCCCCUGGACAUCAUAGCGAGCGGGCCCACUGCCAUCAGCUCCCACGGGGUCCAAGACUGCCUUCAGAUACUCACCAAAUACAACCUGCUGCACAACUUGCCCAAGUCAGUGGAAACAGUCCUGUCCAGCUCUCCCAGCAAGCCCGCUGCUCCAGAAGACUACUCCCACGUUUGCAACAUCAUCAUUGGGUCCAACAGGCUGGCUCUAGAUGAGGCCCAGCGCCGGGCCGAGGGCCUGGGCUAUGCAGCCCUGGUCCUGAGCGCAGCCGUCGGCGGGGAGGUCGGGCGCGUGGCCACGCUGUACUGCCAGCUGAUCCAGCUGGCCUGCCUGGGCCUCACCGGCCUGGGAGAGGGGCCCCUGGCUGAUGAGGUGAGGGGGAAUCUCCUGCAGCUGGUGGCAGAGCUAGAGAUCCCAGGUUUGAACCUUGCCGAGUUUCUACAGGCGCUGCAGAGAUUAAGGCCUGAAAGACCAGUCUGUAUCCUGGCUGGUGGAGAAACCACAGUUCAGCUUCAAGGAACUGGCAAGGGAGGGAGGAACCAGGAGCUGGCCCUACGUGUGGGGCUGGGGCUGCACAGGGCACAGGCCACGGUGGGCAGUGGACACCCUGGGAGGUGUGAGAUCAUCUUCCUCAGUGGGGGAACGGAUGGGCAGGAUGGGCCGACGGAGGCGGCGGGAGCCUCCUGCAGCCCAGAGCUGGUGGGGGAGGCUCUGCAGGAGGGCCUCAACGUGGAGGCCUUUCUCAGCAACAAUGAUUCCUACACGUUCUUCAGCCAGUUCCAAGGUGGCCGUCACCUCCUGGUGACAGGCUUGACGGGCACCAAUGUCAUGGACAUCCAGGCCAUUUUAAUUAGAGCUAUUGAGAGAUCAUGA